AUGGAGACCAGAGCCCUCUGGCUAAUGCUGCUGGUCCUGCUUGCGGGGUCCUCUGGGGUAGCUUCGGAGUAUGUUGGCCUGUCUCCAAGCCAGUGUAUGGUCCCGGCAAAAGUCAGGGUGGACUGCGGUUACCCCAAAGUCACACAAGAGCAGUGCAACAACCGUGGCUGCUGCUUCGACUCCAGCAUCCCGAAUGUGCCCUGGUGCUUCAAGCCUCUGCAGGAGACAGGCAAGGUACGACUAGUGAUAAAGGUGCUUGCUGCCCAGACUGAUGACGUGGAUUCAAUUCCUGAAACCCACAUAGCGGUGGAGGAGAAUUGA